AAGCACGCACUUAUUUCGCACCUGCGCCGAGAUCUCGGAAGAAGAAGAAGGGAGGAGAGAGGAGGCGAAAAGCUCCACCGGAAUCGAAGCCGUUGUCUCGAACUCCGGAGCCGGAGCCCCAGCACGCGGAGCUGGCGCGGGAGGCGGCGGACACGAGCGCGCGGAAGCGCAAGGCGGCGGACGGCGGCGGGGAGGCCGGGGCGGACGCCGCGGCGCCAGUCCCGGAGGAGGCGGUCAUGGGCGAGGCGGCGGCGGCCCCCGAGCAGCUCGGCGGGGGAGGAGGAGGAGGAGGGGGGGAGGAGGGGUUGAAUCCCAACCCUAGCGGCGGGGGCAUGGGGGGAGGAGGAGGAGGGUGCUCGGACCCCGUGUCGGUCGAGCUCUCGAUGGGCGGGGACUACUACCACUCGUGCUGCGGCGACGCCGACCUCGACCUCCGCGCGCCCGAGGGGCCCAAGCUGCCGUACGUCGGGGACAAGGAACCUCUCUCCUCUUUAGCAGCCGAGUUUCAGUCUGGCAGCCCCAUUUUACAGGAGAAAAUAAAGUUGCUUGGUGAGCAGUAUGAUGCUUUAAGGAGGACACGGGGAGAUGGAAACUGCUUUUAUCGAAGCUUCAUGUUUUCCUACUUGGAACAUAUACUAGAGACACAAGAUAAAGCGGAGGUUGAUCGCAUUCUAAUAAAAAUUGAGCAAUGCAAGAAAACACUUGCUGAUCUUGGAUAUAUUGAGUUUACCUUUGAGGAUUUCUUCUCUAUAUUCAUUGAUCAGCUGGAAAGUGUUCUGCAGGGACAUGAAACCUCCAUAGGGGCUGAAGAGCUUCUAGAAAGAACCAGGGAUCAGAUGGUUUCUGAUUAUGUUGUCAUGUUUUUUAGGUUUGUCACCUCUGGUGAAAUUCAAAAGAGGGCCGAGUUCUUUGAACCAUUCAUCUCUGGCUUGACAAAUUCGACUGUGGUUCAGUUCUGCAAGGCUUCUGUGGAGCCGAUGGGCGAGGAAAGCGACCAUGUGCACAUAAUUGCCCUAUCAGAUGCAUUGGGUGUGCCAAUCCGUGUGAUGUACCUAGACAGAAGCUCAUGUGAUGCUGGGAAUAUAAGUGUGAACCACCAUGAUUUCAUCCCUGAGGCCAAUUCAUCGGAGGGCGCUGCUGCUGCUGAGAAACCUUACAUUACUUUGCUCUACCGGCCUGGUCACUAUGACAUCCUCUACCCAAAGUGAUUCUUGUUGGUUUUCUCAUGUCCAGUUCGAGAAAUCACUGUCUAGAACUCUGUAGUUAAUGGUGCUCGUGCAUGCCACCAAAAGGCCGGCCUUACAAAGAAGGGACUUGCGCUCUUGGGUGGUGAUGAUCAGGCAUUCUUUGCUUUCCACCACUACCCAGUAUCUCAAAUUCAGUAGUUUUUUCCCAGCGUCAAGCCUACUCUGGUACAAACGAUUUUAACAUUGUGGUGUUGACUCUUGAGAAGAUUCUGUUGAUACUAUCACUAAUCCUUCACUCCCCUGCAUCAUAAAUUGAUCAUGCAUGCUUUGUCAUAUGGCAACUACUAAUUAUAUUUCCAUUCUACUA